AUGAAUUUUGAGGAGACUAUCUUCAAGAAAAAUACGUAUUGUUACAAAGAGCUGAAGGCUCUCGUUGACAAAUACGAGGCUACCGCGGCAGAGCUGGGGGCUACUGUAGCUGAUUGGUGCCUGCAACAAUGCAUCGCCCAGCUGCACAAGCAGAUUCGCACUUCAGACCAACUGCUCGAUUGGUCGCAUGCGGAAAUGGAUCACCUCCGAAAAAUCCUCGGUCGUCUGCCCUUGCCCAAGGACUACGCCUCUAGACCCUUGUCGCUUGACAAUUUGUCGCCUAAGGUUCAACUUUUAGCUGAUCUCCUUGCCUCAGAAGUCAAUCCUAGCUUGACAGCUCUCGUUUUCGUAGAGCAAAGAGUCUGGGUAGCCGCUCUUGCCGAGCUCAUCUCGAUUCAUCCGAAACUACGAGGCAAACUUAGUGUUGGAACUUUCGUUGGAAGUUCCAUGUCUGUGAGAAGGAAGUCCGGCAUAGCAACCAUGAUCGAGCCCAAGAAUCAGCAGGACACUCUAGACAAGUUCAAGUCCGGAGACAUGAACUUGAUCAUUGCUACUACUGUCUUGGAAGAAGGUAUCGACGUAUCAGCUUGUCAUCUCGUUAUCUGCUUUGAAAGCCCCAAAAACCUCAAGUCAUUCGUACAACGUCGAGGGCGAGCGAGAAGAAUACAGUCCAAAUACAUCAUCUUCAUGGCUGACGAGGGGAGCGACCGAACUCCGGCGAAAUGGGAAAGACUGGAGAAAGAGAUGAGGGACACAUAUGAGGACGAUUCGCGUCGCAUUAAAGAAGCUGAGGAGAGAGAAAUGAUUCACGAGGAAGGCGAUCGAUUCUACAGAGUCGCAAGUACAGAUGCCUUACUUACGCUCGACAACGCUGUACCACAUCUCCAUCACUUUUGCGACCUGCUCGGUUCCGGUCCUUAUUAUGAUCCUAGGCCACAGUUCACACUCAAAGACGACGGUGGCAAUGUUGCAGCUGAAGUCACACUUCCGCUUGCAGUCGAUCCUGCCUUAAGAGUAGCACGCAGCCUCAGAUCCUGGAGAACAGAGCGCAUGGCAGUGAAAGAUGCAGCUUUUGAAGCGUACAAGAUGCUCCAUCAAAGUGGGUUGGUCAAGGACAGCCUUCUGCCAGUAAGAGAAGAUAGGGAUGCCCUAGCCGCAGAAUCUGACAAGACUGCAUCACUAAUAGAGGUAUCUCCUUCUUUCGAUCCCUGGCUUCCGAUUGCGAAACGUCAAGAGCAAGACCCGAAUACAUACCACCGCACCCUAUUAGAGUUCCAGGGUAUCCAAGAACAAGCCUUGUACAUGACCUUUCAUCUUCCCGUACAAUUGCCCGCUCUGCCUGACCUCACGUUGUUCUGGAACGAAUCCAAACGUAUUACGGUCAAGAGCCACGGGCUACAAGAAGUCGAAGAAUCCGAUGAAUCAAUCAGACAAAUGCGUGGUAUCACUCGGAAAAUUCUGGCUUCGGCACAUGGUGUGCGCAUCAACCAGAUACGCACCGAUUUUCUCUGGCUUCUGGUCCCUUGCCUCGGAUUAAGCGCAAGACCACAUGGGAGUGACUCCAGUCUCAGGAGUUGGGAUGUCGAAACAAGUUUGGUCGAAUCGGCAUCGGAAUUGAUCAAUCAGGGCAAGACUGACUUGAAUCAAUGGGGUCAAGUCGAGGUCCGAGGAGACGAACGAAAAUGGAUUCCAAAAUUGAUUGACGCAUAUGAAUCUAAGCCUACCCUUCGCCUCACGCGGGUACCCAAACGACGCGACUUUCUUUAUCCUGUACCGUUCAGUCAGCGUGGAAACGAGGCUUACACAAGCACAGAGAAGUUUCCUGCUUCCGAAUGUGUUGUGGAGAUGCUUCCUCUCGCCUAUUCUGUCUGCGCAAUGCUGAUGCCAGCAAUCCUAUACCGCUUUGAGAAGUACCUGGCGACGAAUUCACUACCACGGGAGAUGUUGCGCAUUAUCAAAGGCAAGAUUGUGUCAAACAUCUUUUUCGCCCGCGCAACUCUCUCCGCCGGCCUCGACAGAUUUAUCAUCCGAAAACGCUUCACAGGCGCGAAGUGGCGACCCCGCUAUGCGGCCGACGUCCUCUCCGCUCCUCCGACACAACAUCAUUCCACAAUAUCCUCCAAAACCCUCGCCGACGUAAUAGAAUCCCUCGUCGGCGCUUCCUACCUUAUAGGCGGAUUCCCCAAAGCCCUGAACUGCAUGCAAACUCUCCUCCCCCUCGAACCAUGGACGCCCCUCCCAGAAGCCAAUGAAAUCCUCUACAACGCCGUACCAGCCGACAUAGACAUCACCGGUCUCUCCACCCUGGAAAGUCUCGUCGGCUACACCUUCACCAAGAAAAUGGCUCUCCUAGAAGCGCUUACCCAUCCGUCCUACAAGGGCCCUUUGGCAAAUUGCUCCUACGAGCGGCUGGAAUUUCUCGGCGACGCAGUGCUGGACUACAUCAUUUCUCGACGUCUGUACUCCGAGGUCCCGGAGCUUGGACACGCGAAGAUGCACAGCAUACGCACCGCGAUGGCGAAUGCGGCGUUCUUGGCUUUUAGGAUGUUCGAGACGAGGAUAGCGGAGGAUCGCACGAUGCCGGAUAUGAGGAAGGAGGUGCAUUACAGAUGUCUGUGGCAGUUCUUGAGAUCGGAUGCGUCGGCGUUGGUUGUGGGGAGAAAUGCUGCGAUUGUACAGUAUGAUGCUGCGAAAGAGGCUAUCAGGCAUGCGCUACACCAUGAAGGAGUAUUCCCGUGGCAUAUCCUCGCUUUGACCGACAGUCCGAAGUUCCUCUCCGACAUCGUGGAGUCGGUCAUUGGGGCUAUAUAUGUUGACUCGCACGGGGAUAUUGCUGCAUGCGAGGUCCUUGUCCGGAAACUGGGGAUUUUGGACUGCUUGGACAGGAUUCUAAAACAUGGCGUGGAUUGCUUGCAUCCCAAGGAAAGAUUGGGUAUUCUCGCUGUGGAGAAGGAUAUACAGUAUUUUAGGGUCACGGCAGGGGAGGAUGAGGUGGUGGGUGGCGCGAGGAGGAAGUAUAAGUGUCAGGUCAGGGUUGGAGGGGUGGAUGUGGGUGAUGUGGUUGAGGGGGUAAAGAGGUUGAAUGCGGAGACUGUAGCUGCAUGGGAGGCUUGCAGGAUUCUGGAGGCACGGAAGAAUGAGGGGGUGGAUGGGGAUGUAGAGAUGAAGGAGGUGAUUGAAGAUCCGAGUGAGGAUGAGGAGUGGUUUGAUGCGGAGGGCGGAGUUGAGUUGAGUGAUGGAUAG